GACGUCUGCAAAUAUUUCACGCAGUCCUAAUAACAGCUGCCUUUUUAUUACCUGUUUACUGGACUACAUGGUACUUUAUACCUAUUUACAUCUAUCAUAAAACUUAAGAUCCAUAUUUUCUGUUUAUGCAUUUAAAUAUAUUACAAAUGUUACACCAAGCUUAUGGUAUGUUUUCCUUUAUAAUUGAUUUGUCAAUAUCAACACUUCUCUCUAAAUCUGAAUGUUAACUAGAGAUGCUUAUUAUGACGGGCACCUUCUGUUUGGACAGACCUAUGAUUACCAUGCGUCCAAACCUUUAUUCCUUUAUUAAUCGGGUGGUGAGGACCUGAUUUUGUCUUGUAUUUCCUAUUUGCGAACAUCCUUAUUCAACUAAAGACAAACACUUUGAACAGAAAUAAUAUACUACAAUUCAUUUUUGCUUUCAUUGAUUUUCAUUUUUAGCGACAUCAGAGACAAAACACAAAAAACAAAACUGAAGAGUUAGUUCAUAAAAAAUUUAUUACGUCACCUUAUAUGUGCUUCUGAGUGGUGUACGGUCAGAUACUGCAAUUCGAGACGAGUAAGAUUUCUAAUUUUUCACUUCCUCAGUUAUUCGUACAUUUAAUCAACAUAACCAUCCCUUAAACUCUCUCUCUCUCUCUCUCUCUCUCUCUCUCUCUCUCUCUCUCUCUCUCUCUCUCUGUAUAUGUAGAUCGAUAGCCACUACACAUUCGUUUUUUUCUCUCCUUGUUUCUAUCUGUGUUCCUUUCUGUGGAAGAGCGUAGACUCGAAACUUUAAAGACGUUUUCACUACACGAGCGUUAUACUAAUACAUCUGUUUGUUGUCUACACCACCUCUCUUCAUCUUUUUUUUUUUUGUGAAUUCUCCCCCAUAUAUAUAUACGUUUCUCACGUAUGCAGCUUUGACUCUGGUGGGCAAGGCUGAUUGGUAGAUGAUGAAAAGUUUUCUAUUAGCGACUUUUCUAUAGAAUUUGGUAAAUAUGGAGCCUUGCUCUGUGAUCUUGAGUUGGAAGUCCAGUAGAGAGAGAGUUCCGAAUUCGUCUGGAUGUUCAGUUUCGAAUCUGAUGUUUAUGUCGGUGUUAUUGACCAAAGCCGCAUACGUAAGAAACAAGAUUGCACGUAUAAGCAACAAUUGCAGCAACGUGACCGACAAAACCGUCUACACCAAACACUUCCUCAGAGAUCUAACACUGAAUGGCUACCCACCAUCUUUAGCUAAACAACGGCGCUUGAAGGACAUCAAGGUCAAUAAACCCCGGAAGAACCAGCAUACUCACAACUCUGGCACGUACCUCCUAAAGCUACCAUCCUUUGACGACAGAACUACUGCAGCGAUACAACACGCAGUCCACAGGGAAGGACUCGACAUAGAGAUAAUGCACACCGACCCUUCCCUGAGAAAAGCUCUGUCCAGGAACAACACUCUCACUACUCUGAGUAUUGCACAUUGUCGAACUGCUCUAUCAAUGACCCGGAAUUGUGCCAGAGGACCUAUGUCGUAUAUUAGAUCAUCUGUGGCAACCUACAUCCGAAGCACGACAAGAAACCUGCACGUACGCACUAAGGAACACACACAGGCAGACACUUCCGUGAAGAAACAUCUGCGAAUAUGCCAGACCCGGGAGUUCACAGUGCACAUCAAGGCAACACAGCGGAACAGGGGCAACCUUAGAAUAUCUGAGGUCACCCUCAUACACCAAAAGAAACCCAAAAUCAAUAAUAGGCAGGAAUUACAGGAAGCUAGCUGGUUGCUACAGCAACACCCUUCUGCGCAUGUCCACUCCACACACGCUCACACACACGCACAUCGGCAACAACCAUCAAUUUCUUGAAAAUGGGGUAAUAACCCCGAAAUAUUGAAUACAAGGUGUAGCUGAUUCGCCAACGUUUCUUUUCUGUAUCUUGCACUGAAAAGAAAUAUAUUACUGUGAAGACGUUUGUAGAUACAACUGUCAGAAAAUAUUGAUACAAAUAAAAGGAAUAUCUUAAUUUGUCAACGAUGCAGUAACUCUUCAUUUUGUCCUCACAAAUUACAUUCCAUUUAAAUAGUUGCUAACUGAUGGAGCCUAAAGUUGUUUAUCGAAGCCCAGUUGAACCUUCUGAAUUUACAAACCCACAGGCGGCAAAUGUUAACGAAAAUAGCUACAUUUUCAGGAGAGACUUGUCAUUCAAUCAGCAAAAUAAAGAAACGCAUAUACAUUCACCAUAUCAAUCAGAAAUGUUUACAUCUCCAAGCCACUAUGAUAUUAUGGGUCCUUUAUAUUUUAAUACAAAUAUGAUUCCAUACUCCCCUAUUUUAAAUUCGACUCAUAUACGGCGUUUACCGGACAGUAAUAUAAUUGAAUACUCUUCUAUGUGUAAUCCUUAUUAUAACGCGUGUCCUUCUUUUGUUCCUUUAAGUGAUAAUGAAAUAUAUAAUAAUGCUACAAAAAGUACGAUAUACCAGAGCAAUAAAUGCCACCUGACAUCGCUUUCCCCCGUUCAUAAUAAUGGCAUUAUAAAACGACCACGCAUGAUUCAAUCAAACAAAGUUUCAGAAACACGCCCCAAACAUUUCUGGAGGCCAUUUUUGAAUGAAGAAUCACCGGAUUCCGUGCCCAGAAGAAGCGAUAGCAAUAACACCGAUGAUAAACAACGAAAUAACAAGAAACUAUAUUCAAAUGAUAGUAAGUCUAAAGCCUGUAACGAAAUACCGGUGAACAACAAUAACAACAACAAUAGAAAUAAUAAUUACAACGAUAGAGAAAAUUUAAGUCACAGGACUAUCCAUAAUUCAUCUCCAACGUAUUUAAGGCAAACGAAUGAGACAAAGAGUAAACCUAGUGAAAGUAGUAAUAAAAAGAAAGAGGAGAGAAUGUUAACAAUGGCGAAAACAAUUGAUUUACUUCGGGAAGCAAGAACGGAGUGUGAUACAGAAGAACCAGUAAAUUUAAUCGUUCCCAAUAUUCGAAAUAGCGAAGAUGAACUGUUGAAAGAGAACAAUUAUGUGGAAGAUUAUUGUAAUAAUUGUAAAAUAUGUAAUUGUCAUGAGAUACCCUACUCAAAUACUAGGCCGGCUAAUUUGUUAUUGACUACACGACAGAAUGAAGGCAAUGAAUCUUUAUCUUACGCUUCUGAUGGAAACGUAACACAGAAAUCUCCGAGUAUUUCCGAUUUACCUGCAAGUAUCAAUCGCUGGCAACAAGGAUUGAAGGAAGCAAAUAUGUCCCCAUCUAAUGGAAGUGAUAAUAUGCAUAAAAGUUUUGCAAACGAGACUCCAGAUAGUAGUUUGCAAUCAGCACUGGGCAAGAAUACGUUUGACGGCAAGCAUUACUCACCGUCAAACUAUUCUUGGAGCAAUAAAGGCAGAACUUCUAAUGAAUAUUCUUCGUCCAGAGCUGUCGAUUUUGGUGCAUGCACAGGUCAUGAAAAUGCCUUUAGAGUCUCCUUAAUGUACAAUGAACUACACCGCACUCAUUCAGAAGCAUCAAAUAUGAAAGAAAAUGAAAGAUAUAUUCGAAAACAUCAUUCACCAAAUUCCAGUUUUAAUUUCAACCAUUCAAGAAAUUUUAAUUUAGAAGCAAAAUCCAGUAAAUGUAAUAACUAUGAAAGCUUAAAAAACAGUGAACCAUCACUGUCACAAAAUGCAUAUAAGACCGUAGACUCCCAUUACGGUUCGUGUGAUUUCAUGAAAUAUAAAAUGAAUUAUUGGCAAAAUGGAAUGGAGGCACAUCCGAAUAAGCAUAUUAUCAAUUGCAACGAAAAUUGCCAUAAAGAAAUAUUAGAUAAAGUUCCAGAAUCAGCUAUAACUCUUUCGCAGAAGAGUUUGAAUCGAGAUAUUCAUCGAGGUUUUCAUACAGUUAAUGUAGACAGGGGUACAAAAGAACGCCAUACAGUACAUUCGGCAGACAACUAUUGCAGCGUAAACGAAAAUACUUCACUAAACGCCAUUGUAAAUAAUGCUGUGCACAACCCAAAACCUACACAGCCAAACCACCAUCUGCAAGCAAAUCAGAAAUAUACAGAGACUGGAGAACUAAGAAAUAUAGCAUCAGAAAUGCAUUCAAAAGAGGUAUAUUUUAAGUCGACUCAUUCUUCAAUGAAUGCAAACAAUGAAUGUUCAGAAAAAAAUAUCUCUGAACCUGAAAAUAUUAGCAUAACAGAGCAAAACAAAUAUAUGUUAAAUCUGAAAAACAAAGAAUAUAUACAUAACAAAACUACUUCCAGUAAUACUGAAAGUAUUCCAGUGUCUGUUAUGCAUAGUGCACAAGAAGAAAAAACUAACAACAUGACUCCGGAUGGUGGUCCAAAACAAUUCAAUUCCAUUGAAAUGAUCCAGAAUACUGUUCCACAAACAACAACGAUCUGGAAGGCUCCACUUCUAAUGCUUCCUAAUAAGGGAUGUGCACCAGAGGUUAACAAAGGAAUAAACGUUGCGGAUGAUUUCACAACAAAUGAAGGUACAACAAACAUUAUAAACAGAGAACAAGCCACAAAAGCAGUCACUAUGGCAUUGGACUCGUGUGGAUAUAGUAAAGAUGUAGAAGAGGAGGAAACAUAUCAAACAACACUCCAUGAUACACAAACUAACGCAACAGAAACUACUUCUUUGAGUAACACUAGCAAACUAACAGCUGAAGGAAUGAUGUCGGACUCACAAACAAACUUUCCAAAUAUGACAAAUUCUGAAAAUUCAUCUUUACAAUGUGUUUAUUGUAAUAAAAUAUUCCCAACAACGAAAUUAUUGAAGGAACAUUUGAAGUCUCACCCAGCCAAUUCUCCUUAUUUAUGCCUGCAUUGUGACUUAAAAUUUUCGUCCAAACCAAGGUAUUUGCGACAUUCUCUAUUACACUCUAAAGAAAAACCUUAUACCUGUGAAGAAUGCCAUAAAUGUUUUACAACAGUCACUGCCUUCCAUAGACAUCUUCAUGCAAAAAAGCAUUCUGGCAAUAAUUUAUCAAUUUGUAAGCAGUGUGGUCUGUCUUUCAUUGAUAAUGUAUAUAUGAGCUUGCAUUUCAAAACUCAUACAGGUGAGCAUCCAUUCCAAUGCGAUAUAUGUGGCAAUAUAUUUGCCUGCAAGAACAACUUGAAAAAUCAUAUCAUGACUCAUACAGGCGAGAAACCGUUCCAAUGUGUUCAUUGUGCUAAAAGAUUUGUUACCAAUUUUUCUUUAAAAGUUCACAUCAGAACACACACAAAAGAUUAUCCAUAUAGCUGUAAGAUCUGUAAGAAAAAGUUCCUGUGUAGUUCCAACAUGACUAGUCAUGUGAGAACUCAUACAGGAGAAAAGAGACAUCAGUGCUAUAAAUGUGGCAAGUUUUUUUCCAGUCUGUCAGGUAUUCAAGGACAUCAACGGACUCACACUGGAGAAUGUCCUUAUAGUUGUAAUAUCUGCAAUAAGUCCUUUGCUAGUAAGUUUUCUUUGCGAAUUCAUAAACGAACUCAUACUGGCGAAAACCCACAUCGAUGCACUUACUGUAAUAAGACAUUUUCAAAUAGUUCAAAUAUGCGCCGGCAUCUUCGAAUUCACACAGGCGAACGACCAUAUAGUUGUACAUACUGUUCAAAAGCCUUUUGUAGCAGUACAUAUCUGAAGUCUCAUAUUCGAACGCAUACAGGUGAGAAACCAUAUAAAUGUAAAUAUUGUGGUAAAGAGUUCUCCAAUACGCUGUGUUUCAAACAGCACGUUAAUAAUCACGAAAAGAAUUCCUCAAAUCCUUUAUCAACAGGAAAAAAAUAAUUUUGCUAAUUUGAACUUUAAAUUCUAUUUCAAUA